UGUAGUCUGGAAGACAUUCAUCGCAGUGAGUGAUUACUAACAAGACAGUGGUGGCUUUGAGAAAGGGAUUAAUUGCAGAGACCUUCUUUCACCUGAUCGUUUACAUUCUGGUUUUCCUGCCUCUCCAACAACUUCAGGACAUAAGUGGAUGGAUGUGUGGUUACUGAGAAUACACUGACAGGAUCAAGUUGCCUGUCUUAUCCCAUUUUAAAGAUGGAUGAUUACUUAAAUUCAACAGAUAGCGUCUUGGCACACCGAGGUGAACCUUCAAGACACAGCAUGAGGCCAUCUGCCAAGAGCAUCUAUGAGCAAAGGAAGCAGUACGCACAGUCUCUAACGAUGGCUGAAAACAGUUUAGAGCAUCGUGUGGAGCACCUCCUAACAUGUGACUUGGAUAAUGAAGUUCGUAGUGUAGAGGAUUGUAUGAAGCGUCUUCGUUCACUCGAUGCUGAGGGAAGAAUAUGGGGUCAAGACUUGAUGCUAGAAGUGAAAAAUGGAAAUCUGCAGCUAAAUGACCUGGAGACGCGGGACAGUCUGGAAAGUGUGCCACUACGUAAUGUACUGAGCUGUCGUUCAGUAAUGGGGGGCCCCACAUAUAAUUCAGUUCUCACAGUUACUAUACAGGAUCCGCAAAAAUCAACUGUAUUUAUUUUCCAGUGUGACGAACAGCCGGCCAAUGUUCUGCAUUCACUCUUGGAAAAAGCCUUAAAGCAAGAAAAAUCAAAUACAGAAGGCAACAAUUCCAGAAACAAUGUACCGAGGCCCCCACAACUGCCAAGGACAACAUUUGCUCCAUCUCCACCUCAGAGUGUAGGACGGGAGAGUCCUAAAUCUAAUCGAAUGGAGAUGACAACAGAGAGUCCUCUUGAGUCACCUUUGCAACAGAGACGAUAUUCCCCUGAAAACUUCCAAGGUUUUAAUGCCCCACCAUCCUUCCAGGCUCCUCCUGUAAAUCAAGUAGCAGAUAUGCAACGUGAUAUUGACGUAUUAAAUCAUGUACUCCAAGACAUUGAGUUAUUUGUUGGGAAGUUGAACAACCCAAAGAAUAAAAAAAAAGGAAAGUCUGUCAUUCCGGAAUCAGAAUUUAUAGAUUGUCUGCAAAAGAUAAAAUAUGCAUUUAAUUUAUUAGGUAAGGCUCAAAGCCAGAUGCAACAGCCAACCGCACCAGAUUUAGUCCACACGAUGUUCACUAUUUUACCACUGGUCUUGUCUAAGUGUCCUCGAAAAAAUGUUGCUCCUACUGUGGUGUCGCCUCUUCUUACUCAAAAGGCUUUGACAUUGCUGAGCUCUUGUGUCACCGAUAAGGAAAGACGAUUCUGGGAAGAUCUGGGAGAUGCUUGGAAGCGGACAAGAGCUGACUGGCCAAAUUCAAAAAUGGUCCCUCAAUAUAUACCCACGUUUUCUGAUGGUUGGAUCCCCCCAGAAAUUCCUUCCCUCAGUGAACAGCCACAGAUCCAAAGUGGCAUUCAGACUCCACCAAUCAACAGGUACAAUCAGUCACACACAUUACAAGUUCUGUAUGAUUUUGAUGCCCGAAACAGCCGUGAGCUGUCUGUGCAGAAAGGAGAUAAUGUAAAGGUUCUUGAUCAGAGCCGGCAGUGGUGGCUGGUGGAGGAUUAUCAACGACAGAAAGGAUAUAUCCCAAGUAACAUUCUUGACACUGGUGAAGUUGGACAGGUUUUUGGAGACGGUGUGCCACUGCACCAAGACUCAAGCCGUGAGGAGGUGACUGCGUGGCUAAAAGAAAAAGGCUUCUCUAACAUCACAGUGCGGUGCCUUGGAGUCCUUAGAGGGGACCAGUUAUUGGCCUUAAGCCGUGAGGAAUUAAAAACCGUGUGUCCUGAGGAAGGUGGACGUGUAUUCACACAGCUCAAUGCAUUGCAUGGAGGUCGUGGGAUGUGAUAGCCAUGAGAACCUUCCAGUGACACAAAAAUCUUUCUACUGGAGUAGUACAGGAGCUCACAGAACUGACAAAUUAUUAAUGAUGGGUGAUGUCUGUCAAAAAAUAUAAAAUCAUUUUCAAAUACAAAUUUUAA